UCAUUACUUGUAUUGUAAUAAUCAAAUCAAUUGGACUUUCAUUUACUAUAUCGCAAGUCAUCGACAACUAUAUCAAAGAAAGAGAGAGAGAGAGACCAAACAUAUAUGAAAUGACGGCCACUAUUGAUAAGCCAAACGACGAUGAAGUAAUGAGACGAAAGCUAUUACUCGAUGGCGACGGUAUUGGCGACGACCGUAGGAUUAAUGCAACGAUGAAAGCGUUUAUCAAAUGGUGUUUCGAUGGCAAUGAUGGCGACGGCGGCGGAGUCGGCAACACAUCCGAUAGCAGUGUCCUGUUAUACGAAAAACUUGUCUACCAGUUGACAGUUUGCGAACAAUCGAUGGCCAAAUCGGUUGAUGUCAUGUCGAUGAUUGGCCGCGAAAUGAAUAACUACGAACAGAUUGGUAGAAAAAUUGGUGACCAGAUUGACGAUUGUAGCCGAAAACUAGUCGAGUGUCGGACAGAGUUGGCGGCGGCCAAAGUUGUUCGGAAGAAUAAAGUCGAAUACGAAUCGAUGACCGCACUUAUCGGCCGACACUCGGAUCGAUCGGUUACGCAGUCGGCUCUCGGGGAGUUGGAACGGGAGGUACGGGUUAUGCAACAAACACGCAAUCAGUUAUCAGGAAAGUUAGAUCAACGGAGACAACAGUUUCAUGUGAUGUUAGACGCCGUCCGACAACUCAAUCAAAUGCUUUCUGAUUCAGAUUUCGAUCAAGAAUUGAUGGAUAUAUCCACUGAUGAAAUACAAGUCAUCGACAACGACAACAACAAUAUCGACAUCAAUGACCAGCAAAUAGUCGAUUGAAUUAAACGAAACAUUUAUUUUUGUAUUAUUAUUAUCAUUAAUUAUGUCACUAAUUAAGUCAUUGAUUAAUUAAUACUUAUAUUAUCUACUGUUUUAUUGUUUAAAAAAAACAAUUA